AUGCAGCCGGGGCUCGCGCCGCCCACCCGGCGACACUACAGCGAGGCGGCGGCCGACCGCGAGGACGACCCCAACUUCUUCAAGAUGGUGGAGGGCUUCUUCGACCGCGGCGCCAGCAUCGUGGAGGACAAGCUGGUGGAGGACCUCAAGACCCGGGAGAGCGAGGAGCAGAAGCGGAACCGGGUUCGCGGCAUCUUGCGGAUCAUCAAGCCCUGCAACCAUGUGCUGAGCCUGAGCUUCCCCAUCCGGCGCGACGACGGCUCCUGGGAGGUCAUCGAAGGCUACCGGGCCCAGCACAGCCAGCACCGCACGCCCUGCAAGGGAGGUGAGCGCCGGCCAAGCCCCUCGCGCCCUCACCCGCGGCCCUGCGCGGCCCGGCUGGGCACUGGCCCUCUCCCACACUCCCUCCGGCCUCAGCCGCGGAUGUGUCAGGCUCGCGCGGACAGUGAUUUUUCCUCCCCAAACCGCCAUGUAGUGGUCCUAUCUUCUGCCGCGUGAGCCCUCAUCCCCGGCCCCUGCAGGUGGAUGCUGUAUGCAGAAUAGUUGCUCCACCGCUCUUCUUUUCGGUCCCAGUGUAGGUGACAUCCAGGGUGGGUCCUGACGAAAUGGACUUAUAGAUAUGGGAAUGACCGGCCAAUCUGAUUGUGCCUUUGCAAGUUUUUGUGAGCUUCUGUGACUCACCCGAAUACAAACUAUGAAAUAAUUAUUUCCGGGUUUUUUUCCUCCCACUCAUUUUUACAUCAGUGACAGAUGAUACAGAAACAUACAAAGUUUAUUGUCUUUUAGGUUUGAAAUCUAGACAGUUUUACUAACCAAAUGAUUUUACUAAUUACACGUUGGUCUUUUAAAUCCUGUUACUUUCUGCCCUGACUGCUUCUGUUUUGCACACACCAAAAAAAAAAAAAAAGUAA